ACUAAUCCGGGUUCAACAAAAGCUAAACCAGACGGUUCUGGAUAAGUUUCAGGACCAAUCACUAUACAAAAUCCUGGGUAAAGAGAAGUGGGCUCGUACUUGGCAGUGACCUGGUCGUAUUUACUUCCUUAUCAGCAGAAGCACCUAGACAAUGGAAAAUCAGAUUUCAGAAGACCCACCUUCCACAGUUUGCAAGGACACCAUACUGAAAGAGGAGACCCUCUUGAAAGGGAAGUGGAUACAGUUUGCAGAAACAACAUAUGUAGAUCAGAAUGGACAAACCAGAACCUGGGAAACAGUAAAACGAACAACAAGAGGUGAAGGAAGUUUGGCUGAUGGUGUAGGAAUAAUACCUGUCCUACAGAGGACAUUGCACUAUGAGUGUAUGGUGCUCAUCAAACAGUUCCGACCUCCAAUGGGCUGUUACUGUCUGGAAUUUCCUGCAGGACUUAUUGAUGAAAAUGAAACUCCACAACAAGCAGCUCUGCGGGAGCUUGAGGAAGAGACCGGGUACAAAGGAGAAGUCAUUGAGUGCUCCCCAGUUGCUUGCUUGGAUCCUGGAUUAUCUAAUUGUACAACGUAUGUUGUUACUGUUCAUAUUAAUGGGGAUGAUCCUGUAAAUAACAAACCUAAACCCAAACUUGCGGAUGGAGAAUUUGCUGAAACAAUUCUGCUCCCCAGAAUGGAGCUGCGCAAGCGUAUUGAUGAACUUGUGGCAAAGGAGAAGCUUGUGGUGGAUGCCAGAGUUUAUUCAUAUGCCUUAGCCUUGGAGCAUGCUGUAGCAAAGCCCUUUGAGCUACCGUUCCUAAAGGGUUAGCUCUGCCGAUGUAUAUAUUGCGUAUAGAUAUUGUCAAGAAAGAACUGUAAACUUAGCAACAUACCCUAAAUACAAAGUAAAAUGGGUCAUUGGAAUAAACAUAAACUUGAAAUGCUUUGUUUUUAUUUUUACAAUCUUAAACUGCUGUCUUGAUUUCCUGUGGUGGAAGUUUUUGUUCCAUGAUUUUCUUAGUGCUAAGCUUUUUACAGUGUUUCCUUUUGUGCAAAGAAAAAGUGCUUGCACAUUGGUGCUAACUUUUAUUACAUUUUCUACAAAAGGUCUCUUAACAGAAAAUAAAAAGCAGAAUAUGGGGGGCAAAGUUUUUAGGUAGAUUCCAGUGAUUCUAGUGCCUUACUUCUUUGCCCUUGGUACUUUUCCUCCAGUAAUCAUUCUACCAUACUGUUCUACUUUAAGAGGUAUUCCCUGUGGUGCCCUGGGUAAGAAUAUACACAAGACAGAAAAGAUAGAACUUUACUGGUUUUGGUAUUGUGCAUGCACCGAGCAUCAAUUGGUGCAGAGAAUGCCAGGGAAAAUGGAAAAUGAUUGCUGUGUGCUCAGAAAAAACGAACCCAGGCUGGUACCCUAAUUAAAAAGAAAAAAAAAAUGUAGUAUCCCAGUGUAAGUAAGCGACUAGAAUCACAACUCCAACCCUCCUUCAACCCUCUUUCUCUUUUAAGCAACAAAUCUGCAGGUUUUGUCCAACUCAGCUGAUGUCUUAUGCAUGCUUAUUGUGGUACUCAUGUAUGUGAGGACAUCAAGGACUUAAGAAGACGACUAUGCGGGUUAUUGGGGGUCAUAAUCUUAUUACUGAUAUUUUUUUCAAAGAGUACAGACCUGUGCUAAAAACCCAACCCAGUUCUUUAAUUUUAGUUUUGGGCUUAGUAAAUGGGGUUACUGCCCCAUUUAUACAGCAAUACUGUAAAAUCCUACCAAACAGAGCAUGCAUGUACUGUACAAAUAAAUAAAAAAAAAGCUUAUUUCCAGUACUAAAUUAGAAAGAGGGCUAGCUUUGGGUUCCUAAGCAUAUUUUGCCUAAAGAAUCAUCAGCCUGUUGCAAUCACCCAUUCCAGAUUCCAUGCUCCUUUUUGGAGUCCUUGGCUUUCACAUUAUAUCAAGGAAUGAGAAUAUACGAUGACCCAGAUUGAAUGAGUUAUAGCAAACGGUGAUUCAAGACACUCCUAAAAGCAUCCUCCAACUAUUUUCACAUCAUCCUUUAAAUAUGUGCCCAAUAUUAGUGAAGGCAAUAUAGAUUAAGCCAAGAACUGUACUGUACUUCACACACUUGUUAGUACCUGUUCAGGGUUUUUUAUGUUCAUCUAAUUGUGAAUGUCAGUUCACCACAAUAAAUGAUCAUAUAAUUCUUCCUAAUCUACUUGAUAGUAUAGUAUUCAUUUCUGGAAACAUAUUGUCUGCGUGGAGGCUGUCAUCUGUUCUUUACACUUGUAUGACCUUUAUUGUCUUGUUUAAAAGGUUUACUUGCUGUAAUAAGUUAAGCCUCAGGAAGUUUAAUUAUGAACAUGAAUUUGACAAAUGUACAUUCUAUGAAAAAUGGUUUAAUGUUUAUUUCUGUAUAUUAAAUGUUCUUCCAGGCUGAAGGUGUUGCCAUUUCGCCAUGUUACUCAAUGGUGCAGUUAGUAAUGCUGAGAACUAUACAAUAUGCAUGAGUUACUGUUUCUACAACUGGUUCAUUUAGCUCUUUGUUUUUGUUAAAAUGAGUUAUGAGCAUUGUAAAACUGAAAAUGUUGCAUCUUCAGAACAUAUUUCCUAUAUUGGAACAACUACUACUAUAACUGAAAUAAACUUUAUAAACAACAUGUUUUACAAUAAAAAUGUUUUAAACAGA